AUGGAAAAUUCACAGGAAGAUCUGAAAUUCACGCCGAUCCGAGAAAUCGAUGACAGCCAUGCUUUGGUGAAUAUCCGCGGGGUGUGCAAGUUCAUAGAAAGCCCAACUGUGUCCAAUAAGCGCCUGGUGAGAUGAAUAUUCAAUCCGAAAAAGAUAAUGAGUUCAGUACACGUUUUUCAACAUUUACGACGAAGAAGGUGAUGGGAUUCGUGUUUGGGCCAAGAACGAGCUGGUCGAUGAAGUCAUGUACAAAGUUCAGCCUAACCAGGUUUUUUUUUUGGGAAACAGAAGCUCGAAAUUCCCAAGCGAAGCUAUUUUUUAAUCACCGGAGAAAAUUCCUUCAAAAAAAUUUUGCAAAGAAAAAGAAGAGGUGUGAAAAAACGGCCAGGGGAAAGUGUGCUCCUCGGAAAAGGCUGAAAGUUUUUAUCGAUGGAGCGCACUUUUUGAUGCUACUAUUUCUCUAAUAAUUCCUCUCAACACGGACACGCAAACCGGAAGCGUCCAGACGUUUCUGAGCAAGUGAUCACUUAAGAGUUCUGAAGCCGUUAAAGGGACCACUAGAAAUGCUCAGAAACGUCCGGGUUGCGUUAGUGAGGUCCCAUUUGGAUCAGAAAUGAGACCAAUUUUUUUGAUGAUGGAAAUUAUUUCAAGACCUACGAAAUAACCAACGCUCUGGUCGAAAACAAGGAUCCUCGGGUCAAUUUUCUACACAAGGACAAGCAACUCGUUCUGAAGGGCGAUUCUGAAGUACCAAAAAAGGGGUUGCACCAAAAAUGACCAGUGAAACUACAGAUCCGUCUGUGUGAUCGGGAAUCCUACGCGAUUCGGAAGGAAUACGCGAUUCUGCCGCUCUCACAGCUAUCGAUGGAGGCGCCCAGGCCGUUUUCGGUUUUUGGACGAAUUACACAAGUCGACCCCGUCGUAUACGUCAGUUUCUACGAGUUCACUUGCGCAGAACUUUGAAUUUCGCAUUUUUGAAAGCUGCAAAAAACCGCUCUUAAAGCUCAAAAUUAACAAGUCUAGAUAAUCGCGAGGUCUCUGGCGGUACAUUGACGAUAUCGCAAAAAUGCCUUUUCACGGCAUUCCUAAUGGAUAGAAGUAUGUAGUGAAUAAACCUAUUAUUAUUAAAAAUGGGUUGAAGGAAGGUGAGCGAGGCGUCAAAGUUUCUGGAUUUACAAAAAAAAAAGUAAGUGCGCGCUCCGGAUAAAAUGACGUCAUAGUUUAACUGAGUAUUAUACGUUAAUAACUUGUUUGUUCGAUCGCCUUUGGCUGCGUACUUGAGAUAUGAACUUUCCGGCAAAAUUUUUUUGACGUCUUCCUACACCAUUUGGGAACGCCGUGCUUUUCUGUAGCCCCGCGGAUUUUUCUCGGCGCGAUUUCGCAUUUUGGAAAUUUCAAUUUUUUCAAGUGCCAAAGAAAUGCGAUAUCGCCCUGAGAAAAAUGCGACAGCGCGGUUUAUUUGUGAGCUUGUCAAUGUACCGCCACCUUUCUCUCGCACUUGACUGGGCAGUUAUCUUUAGUAGAUCGAUGUCAUAAAAAAGAUAAAAUAGAACCAAAUGAUGAUUAAGAAAGUCAAUAAAGGUUCAACAGAAGCCAUCAAAGUACAAGGAGAACGAGCCGAUGCGAAAAGUAUCGAUAAUCGACGCGCACGGAGAUGAACGCCAAAUGACGCUCUGGCGCAAUCAUACGCACGAAAUUGAUCAAAAAGACGUUGGUCGUAUGGUUUAUCUCAACGGUGUCAGGGCCGCGACGUUUCAAGGUGUCUACAAGAUUCAAGAUUUUUGAAAAUGAUGCUAAAAUUGAAUUUCCAGGGAAGUGCGAGAUACGGAACCUGUGCGACACGGAGAUCACCGUCUACAGACACCUCGAAUUAGAUGAAAAUUAG